AAUUUUUAUUUCGGUCUCGAUUGCUGCCCGCCGGCAGUCGACCGUGAAGAGCCACCCUUCGAAGUAGUUGCGUCGUCCUCAAUUCCAGUUGUUUCGCCGUCGUAGCCGGGAGUCAAUCUGCUAAAACACGCCUCGCCGUGUCGUUCCGGGGAAAAAAGUGCGAAAGUCAGCCGUCUCAGCAAAAACCAAAAAAGAAAAUAAGAGAAGAGGAAGAAAAAGCUCAGAUUAGUCGCGUAGAUCCAGAAAAGUAAUCGUCCUAUCUCUAGACGGCGAACGAGAGGUAUCGUUUCGGGCGGAUUUUCAGUUCAUUUGGGUGUGAAAUAAACGGGGAUAGAGGUUCGUGAAAACAGAUCGUAGGAAGGAAGAAUCAAGCAACACUUCAACUCCCUUCUCAGACUGUUUUCCGUUCAGAGCCGUUCGGAACGGGCUAUGAAAUUAGAAGAGUCAAGUCAGCAACCACGAUAAUGCCAGGGGCGACAACACGGCCCAGAAGAAGAAGCAGCUUAACGGCCGUAAUCUUCCUGAUUACCGUCGGAUUAGGGGCGAAAGUUGGCGAUGCCGUCGACGGGACUGGCACUUCCAAGGAGGAAGUGCAGCAAGUGUCACCGUCGCAGAGAUAUUUUGACGCUGUUGCACCGGAAGAUCGAGAAAACUUCAUCAAAUACCACCUGGAUAAAGCUUUAGAGGAACGGUACACGGACUACGUCAGCCGCACCCAAGCUGACUUUUCAUUCGUCAAUUAUGGGGAACCUACACCCGAUCGAAUCGCAUCAACACCAACACCAACAACACCACCCGCGUGGUCAUCCUCAAACAACCUGCCAAGUGUGGUGCGGCUGAUGUUCGACACGGCCGAUCAUCGUAGUGACGUUUACAUCAACUAUGUCAAGUACUCGCUGGUUUGCUACAGUUCCGGCUGCAUCGAUCCGGCCGACAUUGGAAACAUCUGUUGCCCGUUUUAAUUAAUCUCCAAUUUAUAUCACAAACAUACAAGCAUAGAUUCAUUGGCAAUGCGAAAUGACCAGCGCUUUCAAGCUUUCGUUUUUCACUGUUGGUUGGUGGUACUAAUUGAUUGAAUGAGCAAAAAAUUUGCUCUGCCUGUCCGAUGCUUUUUAGAAUCAAAUUUAGCAAACAGUGACUGUGCGAUAGGGUGUCCUGUAGUUUAACGGGAUUUU